UUUGAAAAAACAACCAUAUCAAGUUCUGCAUUUGGUCUAUUUUUACAUCAGAAUUAUUUAGAUUUUAUGGGAAAAAUUGAAACUGUUGUAAAUUGUUGUUCGUAUUUUAGCGAUAGUGACAUUAUUAGUUCCGAAUGGAAUGAACAAAGUACUUUAGAUAAAUAUACUGCUUCCCUCACAUCCAGAGCACUUAUGUUUUAUUUAUACUCAGAGGCUGUUUCUAGUCAUAAGUGGAGACCAUUUCAUAAACCUCAAUGGUAUUCUUCAUUUAAAACACAUAAAGAAUAUUCUAAUGAAUUAAAGUAUAUAUUUAAAAAUUGGAGAACAAACACAAGGGUGCUACAAACUGAUAUUUUACCUUAUGUAGUAAAGAUUCCAUAUUUUGAAUAUUCUAAAGGUCAGAAAGAGUUUGUAAGGAAAGCGAUUAAAUUUAAUUAUCCUAAAUAUAAUACGAGACCAAAAAUGGAUAAUCUGACAGAAAAGGAUAUAUUUGAAGACAACAUAACAGAAGACAAUGAUUAUAAUUGUGCUGUAACUUUAUCAGAAAAUAUAAAUGAUGAUGCAGAAGAGAAUAUAAUCAUUGAAGAUGAUUACAGUUAACAAUAAAAAAAUAUUUGUAAAUAUGUACAGGUGAAUUUAUUAUAAAAAGAAUUUACAAUAAA